GUCACUGGUGUUGAGUGUGUUUAGAGUGUACUGGGAGUGGCGGUCCAGCGAUGAUCAACUCCACAGAGACACAGAGAGUGUCGGGCGUCUGUCACUUCUGACAGCACGUUGGCACGCGGGUACAUGGUAACUGAAUCCAGUAUAACCAUGAGCCAACACUUUGCUCUGAAACAUGGGAUAUUCAAGGAGUUCCUGGCAGAAUUUCUGGGGACUUUUGUCUUGGUUCUGUUUGGCGUCGGGUCCGUUGCUCAGACAGUCCUGAGUCGAAACGCCAUGGGGGAGACUUUGACCAUCCACAUAGGUUUCUCCGUGGGACUGAUGAUGGCUGUGUUCGUGGCCGGAGGAGUGUCAGGUGCCCAUGUCAAUCCUGCUGUCUCCUUGGCAAUGACGGUCCUGGGAAAACUCAAGUUCUAUAAGUUCCCUAUCUAUGUCAUCGCUCAGUUCCUUGGGGCCUUCGCUGGAGCCGCUGCAGUCUUUGGCUUGUACUAUGACGCUUUCAUGGACUUCACCAAUGGGAUUCUAUCGGUGACUGGAAUCAACGCCACUGGACACAUCUUCGCCUCUUAUCCUGUCAGGUCCUUGACCCUCCUAGGAGGCUUUGUUGACCAGGUGGUGGGUACUGGAAUGUUAGUGCUGUGUAUCCUGGCCAUCAUCGACGGGGAGAACAUCGGUGCCCCAAGAGGCAUGGAGCCCCUGUGCAUCGGCCUGAUCGUCAUGGCGAUCGGAGUGUCCAUGGGGCUGAACUCCGGGUACCCUCUCAACCCGGCCAGGGACCUGGGGCCUCGGCUCUUCACCGCUGUGGCCGGCUGGGGCUGGGAAGUGUUCAGCACAUCAGACUACUGGUGGUGGAUCCCAGUGGCAGGGCCCAUGGUAGGAGGGCUGGUCGGCGCCCUGGUCUACUUCCUUUUUAUUGAAAUGCAUCACAAACAGCCCGAGAAACCAUGCGAAGAAGAGGAGGAAGAGGAUGAUGAAGAUUUGGAGGAAGACAGCAGUCUCAAAGACAAAUAUGAGAUGAUCACCAUGAGCUAGAGAGCUUCAUUCAUGUUCAAGGACUAUAAAAGAAAAUGUCUCAAUCCAAGUUACUGUGAAGUCAAUCAGGAGAGUAAUGUUGUAUGGACACACACACACACACACACACACACAGAAAGAUAAAGGACAGGCCUGCUUUCCCAGCAUGCAACGGUGAUGCCCUGUGGUCGAAAAUAAAGGGUGUUAGCCUCUUAUUACAUCAUAGCCUAUAGUGACCAGAUGUAUGUCGCAUACGAUCGCAGAUUACAGCGCAAGUUAACUCCAGGCCGCUGCUGAAGUGUUUGAAGUGCUCCAGCAAUAGUCAAAGCACAUGAAGAAGAACUGUAGAAUGGAUUAUAACGUAGAGGUAGCAUUCAGGUUUAUCCAGCAGCCUGGAAAAAGGUUAAGGUUCAGAAGGGUUAGCUGAGAAUCAUUUACUAUGCGUGGCAGUCUGCUGGAACACUGGACAAGACCACUGGUCAUUUUAUACAUGAAACUCCACCCCUAUUGGGACACAAACACCACUUUCACUUCCAUGUAAACUAUUUCUGUUAAACAACCACUUCAUGCCAACGAUUAACACAAGCCCAGUUUUAUGAUCAUUAUGAUAAUGUUUAUGUUGUGAUUGCAAGAGCAGUGAUAGCUUAGAUCUUUAGAGAUUGAUCCUGACCCACCUAUGUUCUGCCAGUUGACAGACCAGUGCCAUGUUUUUCCAGCCAGGUGUCCCAUAUGGGACAGUUAAAUGUUUUGUCACCAUCCAUAUUUAUUAUUGUUGUCGUUUACUUUUUGUCCUUUGUUCGGUUUUUCUUUUGUACUGUUGCUAUGUAAAUAGUUUCCAAACUACUUCAAUGUGUCAAAGAUAUUCCUGUUUGUGUUAAUUGGAUACAUAAUAAAACAUUUACUAAUGCGUUUUGUAUUUUUAAA